GGAAUAUCAUUUGCGCGUCGUCCCUCUCCGGGUGCUGCAGAGAGAGGCUGCCGACACGUCUGCAGGCGAGUGAACAGGUCGCCUCAUGAUCAUCCACUAAGGAAUCCGGUUCCCCCCACCGACCUUCCAAAACAUCCAUGGAUUUUUACUCAUUCUGCACCCCUUUCUACUAAUCCUCUCUUUUUUUAUUUUUUUCCCGUGCGUCGCGCCGGGAAACCCAACUAAGAGACUUGCAGGAUGAGAGCAGUCUGAGCAAGGUGGCUGGUUUUUUUGCUCCCCCUUUCCACACUUGAGACUAGUGCGGACAUCACAGCGGAAGGAGGAAUACUGCAGAAAAAAAGAGGAGGAAUCCCGAGCUGAAAAACGUGAGUGACAAUGCGAACUGCUCGCACUUGCUGUCGUCCCGACUGGCGCCUUUUACGCGCGUGAGAAUUCACUGGUGCACCGAGCCCUUUUUUUUUUCUUACUAGCACCGCUGAGGCGUCAUUUAAAUUCAUAAAGCAGAAGAGGGGGAAACUUGCUGCCUUCCACUGCAGCAGGAGUGAUGUAGAAUAAGUCACACGCUUACAAAAGCAGCGUUUUCAAUCGCCCGUAGUGUUUUUUUUUUUCUUGUUUUUGUUUUGGUGGACACUUUGACAAGGGAGCAAUGAGGACUACUGGUGCAGUGGACUAUUUAUACUACUGCAUGCUUAUCCUGCAGUUUGUGCAUCAGCCCGCCGCCAAGCAGGUGCUCAGGUACCGCCUGGCCGAGGAAGGACCGCCGGACGUGCGGGUGGGCAACGUGGCCGCCGACUUGGGCAUCGUCGCGGGCUCCGGAGAGGUGACGUUCACCCUGGAGUCGGGCUCGGAUUUUUUCAAGAUCGACAACAUCACGGGCGAGCUCACCACCAACGAGAGACGGAUCGACCGCGAGAAAUUACAACAGUGCCAGAUGAUAUUCGACGAGAACGAGUGCUUCAUCGAUUUCGAGGUGUCCGUCAUCGGCCCGGCACAGAGCUGGGUUGACCUCUUUGAGGGAAAAGUCAUCAUCUUAGAUAUCAAUGAUAACACUCCUUCUUUCCCCUCACCUGUGCUGACGCUGUCCGUUGAGGAAAACAGACCGAUCGGAACCUUGUAUCUGCUUCCCACCGCAACAGAUAGAGAUUUUGGAAGGAACGGGAUCGAGAGGUACGAGCUCAUCCAGGACAACGGGGAGAACUCCAGGCGCUCCUCAGUAGACUCGUACUCUGGCAAGAGGAGAUUCGACGAGGGCGCGAGCAGGAGCAGCGUUUUCGAGCUGCAGGUCGCCGACACCACCGACGGCGAGAAGCAGCCCCAGCUCAUCAUUAAAGGGGCGCUGGAUCGGGAGCAGAGGGACUCCUACGAGCUCACGCUACGCGUGAGGGACGGGGGCGAUCCCCCGCGUUCAUCUCAGGCCAUCCUGAGGGUGAUGAUCACCGACGUGAACGACAACAGCCCUCGGUUCGAGAAGAGCGUUUACGAAGCCGACCUGCUGGAGAACAGUUCUCCUGGCGCCCCUAUACUGCAGCUGAAAGCGGCCGACGCGGACGUAGGUGUCAACGGUCAAAUCGAGUACGUGUUCGGGGCGGCCACAGAGUCCGUGCGGAGGCUGCUAAGGCUGGACGAGAGCACGGGGUGGCUAAGUGUGCUGCACCGUAUCGACCGCGAAGAAGUCAGCCAGCUGAGGUUUACCGUGAUGGCCCGUGACCGAGGCCAGCCGCCCAAAAUGGACAAAGCCACAGUGGUGCUGAACAUCAAGGACGAGAACGACAACGUCCCCGCCAUAGAGAUACGGAAAAUCGGACGCAUUUUCCUAAAAGACGGCAUCGCCAAUGUUGCCGAAGACGUGGUGGUUGACACGCCCAUCGCCCUAGUGCAAGUUUCCGAUCGUGAUCAGGGUGAGAACGGCAUCGUGACCUGCACGGUGGUUGGGGACGUGCCCUUUCAGCUCAAACCGGCCAGCGAGAUGGAGGGCGAGCAGAACAAAAAGAAAUACUUCCUUCAUACGUCCGCGCCGCUGGACUACGAGAACGUGCAGGAAUAUAACGUAGUAAUCGUAGCGGUGGACUCCGGAAGCCCCAGCCUGGCGAGCAAUAACUCUCUUGUUGUCAAAGUGGGCGACACAAAUGAUAACGCUCCGGUCUUUAACCUAAACGUAGUGGAGGUGUCGUUCCCGGAAAACAACGCCCCGGGCGAGAGGGUGACGACGGUGGCGGCCAAUGACGCAGACAGCGGGAAGAAUGCAGAAAUAAGCUAUUCCCUUGAUUCAUCGGUCAACGGGAUUUUUUCCAUCGACGCAGACAGCGGCGACAUCCGAGUGAACACCAUCAUGGACCGAGAGCAAACGGAGCGCUACGAAUUUAAAGUCAUAGCUAAAGAUAAGGGCGUAAACACUUUACAGGGCUCGGCCACGGUAGUCGUUCUGGUGGCGGACAAAAAUGACAACGAGCCCAAGUUCAUGCAAGAUGUAUUUACUUUCUAUGUCAAAGAGAACCUUGAGCCAAACAGCCCUGUUGGCAUGGUUACAGUCAUCGAUGCAGAUAAAGGUCAAAAUGCGGAAAUGAGUCUUUUUAUUGAGGAGGAGGAAGAGAUCUUUUCAAUAGAAAAUGAUACCGGGACUAUUUUCUCCACCCUGUCCUUUGACAGAGAGCUGAAAACCACCUACACGUUCCGCGUGAAGGCCGUGGAUGGAGGCGACCCGCCCCGGUCGGCCACUGCCACCGUCUCUCUGUUUGUCAUGGAUGACAAUGACAAUGCGCCGACUGUAACGUUCCCCAUAAACAGCUCUUAUACCCUCCUCCCUCCUUCCAGCAACAUCAGAACUGUCGUGAGAACGGUCAUUGCCACGGACACCGACACAGGUAUCAACGCUGACCUCAACUAUAGCAUAGUCGGCGGGAACCCCUUCAGGCUGUUUGAGAUUGACGGAGGUACCGGUGUGAUUUCCCUGGUGGGAAAACUGGAGCCGAAGCACUACGGUCUGCACCGGCUGGUGGUCCAGGUCAACGACAGCGGGCAGCCCUCCCAGAGCACCACCACGCUUGUCCACGUCUACGUGAAUCAGACCCUUUUCAAUUCCACUAUUGUGGAAGCGCAGGUGGCGAAGAGCCUGAGCACGUCUCUCAACACCAACAUCGCCGGCGACCCUAACUACGACCUGAGCAAACAGCGUCUGAGUAUCGUCAUCGGCGUGGUUUCGGGAAUCAUGACGGUCAUCCUCAUCAUCUUAGUGGUCGUCAUGGCCCGCUACUGCCGGCCCAAGAACAAGAACGGCUACGAGGCCGGUAAGAAGGACCAUGAGGACUUCUUCACACCGCAGCAACACGACAAGUCCAAGAAGCCCAAGAAAGACAAGCGCAAGCAGAAAUCCAAGCAGCCACUCUACAGCAGCAUCGUCACGGUGGAGGCCUCCAAACCCAAUGGUCAGCGUUACGAUGGCGUCAACGAGAAGCUAUCGGACAGCCCUGGCAUGGGUCGCUACCGUUCCGUCAACGGAGGCCCCGGCAGCCCGGAUCUGGCCCGCCACUACAAGUCCAGCUCCCCGCUCCCUACCGUCCAGCUUCACCCGCAGUCGCCCACGGCCGGCAAAAAGCACCAGGCGGUUCAGGACCUUCCUCCGGCCAACACAUUUGUUGGCACCGGAGAUAACAUUUCACUGGGAUCCGACCACUGCUCUGACUACAGCAGUCAAACCAUCAACAAGUACAACAAACAGCCGUUUCGCCGAGUGACCUUCUCGGUGGUGAGCCAGCCCCAGGACCCCCACCAGGGAUCGCUGCAGAGCUGCUACGACAGCGGCCUGGACGAGUCUGAGACGCCCAGCAGCAAGAGUUCGUCGGGGCCCAGACUGGGCGCCCUGCCUCUGCCCGAGGACAGCUACGAGAGGACCACGCCGGAUGGCAGUGUCGGUGAGGCAGAGCACAUGGAAAAUGACUCGCGGCCACUGCCCGACGUAGCCAUGACCGGCAAGUGCACCCGGGAAUGCGACGAGUACGGCCACUCUGACUCCUGCUGGAUGCCUGUCCGCACGUCGCCCGAGCGGCGGCCAUCCAAGUCCACCACCACACCCCAACAACCAAAGCUUUCCACUUUCAUGAGCGGCAACAGCAGCAGUAGCAGCAGCAGCAGCCAAGAGCAGCCCGGCAGCCAAGAGACCCUGGCCAUGGGCGCUGUGGGGGCCAUGGGGGCUAUGGGCGCCGUGGCCAACGGAGACCCCGCCGCCGGCCACAUGCUGGGCAACCGUAAUCGCAACCUACUUAGCAAGAAGAUGGCUUCCUCCUCCUCCUAUGAGGCCUUCGGCUCCCCGUCUUACGGCUCGCCUCCGUACGGCUCGCCCGGAGUCGCGGAGGAGACGCUGGGCCAUCCCACCGAGGAAAUCCCAAUGGCGCCCACCGGAGAGUACAAGCCCACCUCUUGCGGUACUCUUACGCGACGGGAGGUGUACCUGUGAGCUGACGCCACGUCUAUCUUACGGCUAGCUUAGCCCGACGCCCUCACCGAACUUUAACGACUCCAAAGACUUACCACAAAAGUACAAAGACGGUGGCCUUUUUCUUUUCUUUAAAGCGCUAUUACUGGGAUGUCAAUCUGGCGAGUCGGGCUCUUGCAACACGGUCUGCUGCCUGAUAGUCCACUUGUACAGUCCCUGUCAAAAGUCUUAUCACUUAUCCAUUUUGUAGAAACAAUUCCUCAUAACCUGACUUUUAAUGAUUCAAUUGGUUUCAGAAAUGGUUCAUAUGAAAGCGAAGACCCUCCCAAAUGAUGUUGAAUGGACAAAAAUAUAGUUCUGUCACCGAAAAAAGAUUUAUCAUUUAAUGAAGACAUAAAGGUUAAAUUUUGGCAAGACAAAAGUUUUGUCGCCGACAGAAAGUAGUGUGAAAAUUGAACAAAAAAUGUACUGCAAAUACAAACAUAUGUUACAUAACAUAAGCAAUUCGGGUGCUGUGAGCAGGGGCGCUGAUGGGACAUUUAGAGUAUCAACUACGUAAUUUCCUGCAUUCUGGUGAAUCUUUACACACUAAUUUGUGCAUUUUCUGCAUUAAUUUAAGAUGAAAAUAUAUUUAUGUAAACAUACAGCGUAUAGAGCAAUAAUGAAUAGACUGAUAUCAUCUAUAAGAAAUGUACUGAAGGGCAUAUUUUACAAUCUAAAUAUAUUUUAACUAAAAAUAUUCUCAAAGCAAAUGCCAUAACGAAUAACUUGGAAUAUAUGUUUAGUUUGAACUUAACUAUACUACAGUAUACAUUACAGUAUACAACUGUUUUAGUAUGAAGAGAUUGCUAAGGGUUUGCCUGCUGUACUGAUUAAAUGUAAGCUAAAAGUGGAGCAAACACUAGCUAGCAAACAAUUACAAUAUUUCAUUAUGGAGUAGGCUAAGCCUCAUCUGGAAACUCGCGAUCUCCACUAGGGUUGUUCCGAUCAUGUUUUUUUGCUCCCGAUCCGAUCCCGAUCGUUUUAGUUUGAGUGUCUGCCGAUCCCGAUAUUUCCUGAUCCUACUGGUUUUUUUUGGUCCCGAUUCAAUUUCAAUCAUUCCCGAUAAUUUUUCCCGAUCAUAUUGGCUACAUUUUGGCAAUGCAUUAAGAAAAAAAUGAAUAAAACUCGGACGAAUAUAUACAUUCAACAUACAGUACAUAAGUACUGUAAUUGUUUAUUAUGACAAUAAAUCCUCAAGAUGGCAUUUACAUUAUUAACAUUCUUUCUGUGAGCGGGAUCCACGGAUAGAAAGACUUGUAAUUCUUAAAUGAUAAAUGUGACUUUGUAUAUUAUGACUAAAUAUUGCCAUCUAGUGUAUUUGUUGAACUUUCAGUAAAUGAUACUUUAGCCAUGCCCAAAUGCAUGAUGGGAAGUGCAACCAUGACUGUGCUUAGUGCUACCAAUUGAUAUAUCUUCUCUGCGUUGGGAAUUAACAUAGGGUGUUAAGAAAAAGAUUAAUUACUACCUUGCUUCCCCACAUUGCUUCCCACGUUAUUUCUAAUCGUAGGGAGAGGGAUUGUAAGGCUUUCGCCAAUUAAAAAAAGGCUCCAAAGGCUGCCAAAAUUCACUCUACUCCUUUUACGCUGACUUUUAGCUCUCUAUAUAGGUAAAACGCCACCAUUACAGAAUGAGCGCGACAAUGCGUGAGUGGGUUGUGCAGCGCAUGCAUUAAUUGCGUUAAAUAUUAUAACGUGAUACAUUUUUUUAAAAAAUUGCCGCCGUUAUCGGGAUAGAUUUGAUAACCCUACCUUAAGCCUAAACUAAAGACUCUGGAUGAGUGUACCAUAUUAUGUCUAACGUUAAAUACAAUUAGAAAACGUUUUAAUUUUUAAAAAUUAUAUACAUACUGUAUAUAUAUUUAUAAAAGGUAUGUCCGAUAUUUUUUUGGUGAUUCCAAUACUUUGAAAAUGACGUGAUCGGACCCGAUCGAUCGGGACAUCUCUAGUAUACAGUAUACAACUUUUAGUAUGAAGAGAUUGCUAAGGGUUUGCCUGCUGUACAGAUUAAAUGUAAGCUAAAAGUGGAGCAAACACUAGCUAGCAAACAAUUACAGUAUUUCAUUAUGGAGUAGGCUUAGCCUCAUCUGGAAACUCGUGAUCUCCACUAUAGGCUACAGCUCCGAAGCGAGGUCCCUUGUUAACAAACUAAAUUCAAUUGAUGGCAAACUAAAUUCAAUAAAUUCUUGACAAACUGGAUUCAAACCGAUUUUAUAAAAGAACAUUUCCACACCAACUUUCAACAUGUGUAGGAUGCCAAAAUAUGCCGUCAUUAUUUGGAAUUCAUGUUUUUUAAUAGGUGCAUGUCGCUCAUUGAGGCAAAACCUGAGGAAAAUCCUGUAUUUCUUACGGAGUGAGAUAACAGGUUAAUUUUCAAGACACCAACCUUUCUUUUCGAAAUACUUUGUCACAUCGUGUUGGCCUUUUCUACCCAUCUCCUGUUUUGCUUUGUUUUCUUUCCUCUUUUGAAAACCCGAUUUUUGUUUUGAAAACAUUUCUGCGCUACCGCACACUCAUUGACUGGUGUAAAUGCGCACCGCUGCUCCCGGUCUGAACGAAGGAAGGAUAUGCUGUCUGGGUGUUCACUUUUUGCCAAAAACAAAACAAGAAAAUGACACCCUUCGUUUUAUUCCUAUUAAAAUUAUAAUGAUUAAUUUUUAAAUUUGCAAACGAUUACCUAAUGUUCUAAUUUUCUUUAUGGGCCCCCAUCAGGGCAAGGGCCCUUAGAAUCAGUAUCACAUUUCACCCCUAUACGAUUGCCCCUGGCUGUGAGAUCCAAAUUUAAUAUUUUGUAUGACUUCCAUGGGCUUGAAGGACUGCAUCCAUGGGGUUCGGCCAGGAUUCAUAAAAUUUAUUGAUGAAGUCAUCAUGAACAUCAAAGAAAGCAGUCUCGCAUGCUUCCCAAAGUUCAUCAACAUUCUUGGGUUUCGUCUUCCAUGCUUCCUCUUUCAUCCUAACCCAGACAUGCUCAAUGAUGCUCAUGUCUGGUGACUGGGCUGGCCAGUCCUGGAG